UGAGCCAGCGCGCGCGCGGCGCUGUUCAGUUUGGUUGUGGACGAGACGCGCGGCUCAAAUCCGAGACGAGGCUCGCUCUGGCCGGCUGCUGGCCCAGGACGCCAAGGCCGACCCGUGCCGGAGCUUGAUGGUGUGCGAGGACUGCGGGAUGUUCGGCAACAUGCUGGAGAGGGUGCGCGCCCUCUUCCGCGCCCACGGCUACGCUCCCCCGCGGCUCGAGCACCGCGGCGGCAGCGGCCGGCGCAACUACUACUACCCGGGCGACGUGCUGCCCAAGCCCCCCGCCGGGCCCUACGGCAUCCGCGGGCCCGGCCGGGGCAGGGCGCUCAACGAGCUUGACGGCGAGCUGGUGGUGUCGACGGGGCCGCUGUCCACCGGGCCACUGUCCGUGGUGGCCGUGCUGAGCGUGGACCUGUGCCUGGCGGAGAACGGCGGGGUGCACAACACGGCCCGCUUCGAGCUGAUGGAGCGGCCCCGGGACGCGCGCCUCGUCGUGCGCCGCGGCCAGGCCUUCGCCCUCGUCCUGGCGCUCAGCAGGCCCUUCCAGCGCCACCGCGACGCCAUGAGCUUCAUCUUCUCCGUCGUCGACGCGGGCAAGAACAGUUUCGGCCAGGGCACCCUGGUCGCCGUGCCCCUCCUGGAGAAGAUCGCCGACUCCCCGGCCGAGUGGAGCGCCGUCCUGGACGCCACGGACGGCAACUACAUCCGCGUGCUGAUCACCCCGGCCGUGACGUGCAUCGUCGGCGAGUGGAAGAUGGACGUGGACACCAAGCUGCAGGGCGACGGCGCGCUCAGCUACUCGCUGCCCGGCGGCAUCUUCAUCCUCUUCAACCCCUGGUGCCCAGAGGACCAGGUGUACCUCUACGGCGAGGACCUGCGCCAGGAGUACGUGCUGAGCGACUCGGGCCUCAUCUACCGCGGCUCCUACAACCGGAUCCGGCCCACCGUCUGGAAGUUCGCGCAGUUCGAGCGCGACAUCCUGGAGUGCACGCUCUACCUGGCGGCCAGCGUGGGCCGGCUGUCGCCCUCCAGCCGCGCCGACCCCGUCAAGACGGCGCGCGCCCUCUCCGCCGCGGUCAACUCCCCGGACGACAACGGCGCCGUGAUGGGCAACUGGACGAGCGAGUUCGAGGGCGGCACCCCGCCCACCAAGUGGGUGGGCUCCAUGAAGAUCCUGCAGACGUUCCACAAGACGCACAAGCCCGUCAAGUACGGCCAGUGCUGGGUGUUCUCCGGCGUACUCGGCACUCUGUGCAGAGCGCUGGGCAUCCCCUGCCGCGUGAUCACGUGCUACGCCAGCGCCCACGACACGCAAAACAGCCUCACGGUGGACUAUUUCGUCAACGACGCCGGCAAGGUCAUGGAGGAGCUCAACAGCGACUCCAUCUGGAACUUCCACGUCUGGAACGAGGUCUGGAUGCAGCGGCCGGACCUGGAGCCGGCGCCGCAGUACGCCGGAUGGCAGGUGAUCGACUCGACGCCGCAGGAGCUGAGCGACGAUAUGUACCGCUGCGGCCCGGCCUCCGUGGCGGCCGUCAAGCGCGGCGAGGUGCUCCGGCCCUACGACGCCAACUUCGUGUACGCCGAGGUGAACGCCGACAAGGUGUUCUGGAAGUACGCCGGCCCCACUCAGCCGCUCAAGCUCCUGCGCAAGGAUACCCUCGGCAUCGGGCUGCUCAUCAGCACCAAGGCGGUGGGUCGCUGGACCCGCGAGGACGUCACGCACACCUACAAGUACCCCGAGAAGAGUGACGAGGAGAGGACAACGAUGCUGAAGGCGCUGGAGACGAGCGAGUCCUUGUUCAGCCGGUACUACCUCAACGAGGACUUCAACGACCUCAAGUUCGACUUCCAGCUCCGGGACGACAUCGUCAUCGGCCAGCCCUUCUCUGUGGUGGUGUUGCUGCGGAACCGCAGCCGGCAGGAGGACCACCACGUGACGGUGGUGCUGCGCGUCGACACGGUGCUGUACACGGGCCGCGUCAAGGAGCCCGUCAAGAAGGAGCGCUCCGUGCACACCGUGCCCGCCGGGACAGAGGAGGAGGUGCGGUUGGACGUGACGUGGGACGAGUACGCGCCGCGCCUCAUGGACCAGGCCGCCUUCAACAUCGCGUGCCUCGCCACCGUCCACAACACCAACUUCGAGUACUUCGCGCAGGACGACUUCAGAGUCAGGAAGCCCGACAUCAAAAUUCAGCUGGAGAGCGAGCCGAUCACGGACCGGGAGCUGUUGGCGUCCGCCACCCUGGUCAACCCGCUCCCCGUGCCCCUCAAGCGAGCCCAGUUCAUCAUCGAGGGCCCCGGCGUGGACAAGCAGCUCAAGAUCGACAUGGCACAGUCCAUCCCCCCGAACGGCGCGGCCACCGUGUCCUUCCGCAUGGUGCCCAGGGUGCCCGGCAAGGCCACCAUCGCCGCCAAGUUCGUGUCCAAGCCCCUCGACGACGUUGACGGCUUCCUCGAGUUCAUGGUCUCGCUCAACCCGGACACGCUCGCCUGAAAACCUCGCGCCUCUCCCUGCUGCUGUGUUUUUCUCACGCACUGGGAGGUGGAGGAGGCGGAAGGUGGCGAUGCCAGAAGACACAACGAAGAUACUGGACGGUGAAGACGGAAGGUGACGCUAGACACUCAAAUAUACUGCAGCCAUUUUCCUGCCCAACCUUUAUUUAAGAGCACUUCGCUAUUUGUUGAAAAAUAGCACU